AUGGAGAACUUCUUAUCUUCAGCUGCUAGAAGUACAUCUCCUGACCACGGUGGGCUGCAUAUUAAACGGCUUGGACUGUGGUUGGAGAUGUGUCAAUUAAGAAAGCGCUGCAGCCUCUGCGAUGCGGUCGUGUCACUUCUGCAGGAGACCGGCCUCGAGACCUACAUGCUCGAAAUACCCAAUAUUCAGAUGAAAGAGAUCGAAUGCACACUGAACCGUCAGGAUCACGUAUACAAACAUCGUAAUCGACAAUACGGACAAUACGACUCUCGGGGCUACUAUGCUCGUAUCGCUAUCACCAUGGACAUUCCCUCAAGAUUGGGUAAAUUGGUUACGUCCAGAGAGCCUAGCUCUCUCCACCCAGAAGCCGCGCAUAAGAUGUUCAAAAGCAGGCCGUUGUUGAAUUUCAAGUCGAUUGGUGGGAUACCUUCCUACGUUACUCUCAGCUGGGUCUGGGGCAAGACUAGUGCUCAAGAUGGCCUGACUUCAGCUUGUCUUGCUGACGCUUCGGAGAUGAAUUUCCUAGAAAGACUGCAUCUUCCUCUUACAGUAAUCGACUCUUUAAAAUUGCUUAAAGGUCUUGGAGAGCGCUUUCUUUGGGUCGAUAUGCUUUGCAUUGUCCAAGACGAUAAAGGUGAUAAAGAAUACUUCAUGCCACGUAUGGGCUCAAUUUAUUCUACAUCGCUCUUUACAAUUAUAGCGAAUGGAAAAGACGGCGCACAGGAGGGAUUACCGGGUGUACGGCCCUCUGGAAGGCGAAGAAGCCAGGUUGACACAGAAGCGCACGGUAUCACCUUGGUCUCAUGUGUUGAGCCAACGUGGACAUCCCUUGAGCAUGUGGCCCCUCUUGACGUUCAGAAUGAGGUCUUUGGGGAUGAGGCUCCCCCUCCGUUUGAGCAUGACCUGAUGGAACUAUCUAAUUACUACGAAGAAUUCCACCGUCAUUUCGCAGCAAUAAUAUUACAACACAAUGGGAGGACCCUUUUCUUUGAGUCCGACGUGUUGCAUGCGUUUGAGGGCAUUCUAUAUACCCUACGCUUGUGCACAGGGAUAAGCUUUCUGUGGGGCCUACCUAGUUGUCUGUUCGAGCAAAGCCUACUAUGGAACGUGGACGGCAAAUUUCCAAUCAGACGGAAGCUUCAUCACGUCCCUACCUGGUCAUGGCUCCAUCACCGGUAUGCGAAAGCGGUCGAAAAGACGAUUAUUCGCAAUGCAGCUGCCGUUCGAUGUUUCUGCCGCUCCAAAAUUAGCCCUCCAGACAACGAGGACGACUUUCAGCUUCAGCAAGUAUCCGGCGAGCCGCAAUGCCCUCGUGAGAUGGAUCAUAAGAUAUACAACUCGCCCCAAGUCCGCUCUGUCGCAGUUGAAGACAUCGACCCCUGGAUCCGCUACAUCAUCAAGCCUGCCUAUCACCUCAUUUUCUGGGCAGAUACCGUAGCUGCCCGCUAG